GCAAACGAGCAUGGAACAAGAGACUGUAUGGGCAGGAGGUUCCUGCCCCUGUGCACAUAGCUGCUAGUUCCAGUCCAGAAUAAAGUAACAGUAACUCAAGCACAGUAAAACCCAUUAACAUGUAGUUCCUGCCCUGUAACUUUUUUCUUCCACUUUUAUUAGGUGCCUGUGGAAGGAGUAGUUGUGCCUGCUCUUAUGUAGGAAUAUCUUCCUGACAUCGCUCAGAAUUGAAGAUGUACCUGAGGAAAAUGCAAAUGUGAUAGUCUCCUGAAAGUAAAAUAUUCUUCUGAAUGUAGCUGUAGAAUUUCAAAAUAAUGCAGAAAUCUGUAUUAAUCUGCUUCAAAUCCCAAGGAAAAAAAAAUGGAUAAAGCUACGAGGUGUUAACAACUAGUAAGUGGUGCUGGUUGAAGUACUUGUGAAAAUUGCUCACCUGCAGGAAACAUGAGGUCUCAGUACAUCACGGCACCCAUGGUCGCUGUCCUGCUGUUCCUGCUGUGGAUCCAGUCGUCAACAGGCUGCAAUAAGGCUCUCUGUGCUAGCGAUGUCAGUAAAUGUCUGAUACAGGAGCUGUGUCAGUGCCGCCCUGGGGAAGGGAACUGUUCCUGCUGUAAGGAGUGCAUGCUUUGCCUGGGCACACUUUGGGAUGAGUGCUGUGACUGUGUUGGUAUGUGCAAUCCUCGCAAUUACAGUGACACACCUCCAACAUCCAAGAGCACUGUCGAGGAGUUGCAUGAACCAAUUCCUUCCCUUUUCCGGGCACUGACAGAAGGGGAUACUCAGCUGAACUGGAAUAUCGUCUCCUUCCCUGUGGCAGAAGAACUGUCGCACCACGAGAACCUUGUUUCCUUUUUAGAAACAGUGAACCAGCCACAGCAUCAGAACAUCUCUGUUCCAAGCAACAAUGUCCAUGCACCUUACUCUAGUGACAAAGAACACAUGUGUACUGUGGUGUAUUUUGAUGACUGCAUGUCAAUACAUCAGUGCAAGAUCUCUUGCGAGUCCAUGGGAGCUUCCAAAUACCGAUGGUUUCACAACGCCUGCUGUGAGUGUAUUGGGCCAGAAUGCAUCGACUAUGGCAGUAAAACUGUAAAAUGUAUGAACUGCAUGUUUUGAAGCAGGAAAAUUGUAGUACUGAAAUACUGAGGCCAAAGUAAUCUCUCUCAGUUAAAGAGAUGGGGAUUGCAAAUACUGCGUUUUGGUGGAGUGCCUACUGGUUGCAAUUAAAUGUACCUGGUUGAAAAAAAAGAUGUAUAAAAUCUGAAAACUUUUUUUUUUUUUUAAUUCAUACGCAAGGCUAACUAGUAGAAGUUUCAACACUAUGUUUUAUGUUUAUUUUUAUUUUUGCUUGAAUGGUACAGCCAUGCUCAUCCUUGCUGUUCUGAUUGUUUUCCUUUGAUUUGAAAGUAUUGACUGUACUGGUUUUCAGAAUGUAGUACUAUAUCUCGUAGUUUAGAGUAGGGAAACCUUAAGAAUAUGGUAAUGAGAUUUCCAUCAUCUAAGUUCAACAAAAAGUUAAAUGGCUGCUAGGUUGGAGGGGAGGGGGGUGGUUGUUCUUUAGGGGCUGGGGUUUUUUUGUUUUAGUUUCUGGCUUUGUUUUUUAAUUUUAUUAGCCUCCAGUUUCUGAGCUUAGUCUUCUAUUGUGAAGGUGGCAUUUGAGGAAAAAUUUAAAAAUCCGUGCUUUCUCUUGAAGUUCAACGCAUGGGCUGUCGUGGAUAAAAUCCUACCUUCUUAGAAGGGCUGCCCAACAAAACACUGUGUAUGGGAUAUUUUUCUUCCAAGUUUCAUUUGCCCUGCUUUCAUAAGUACAUCGGGGCCUAUGUUGCAUAAUUGAUAUAUUAAAUAUAUAUCUAUCUUUUCAGUCUUCUGUGAGAUACCAAAAUAAAGCUGUUAAGUGCAGUUGCAUCUCCUUCCUUUUGCACUGUUCUCUGGGGUUGCUUACUCCCUGAACGUUCAGUCCAGUAAAGGAAACAUGAAAGAUGAUUAUGGAUUUAAUGACAAAAUGAAUAAAAAAGAAUGAAAUUACAUGGAUUAGCAAGCGGUACAGGGCUACCAGCUGAGCAGUUGGAAGCAGGCAUGUUCCCAUUUAGUAGUUUGCUGUAAAUAUUUAUUCCGAAACAAUUCUUCCCGCCCCCUCCCCAUGAUGUGUUGUCACUGAAGAAGGGAAGAUGUGUCCACAAAAGCAAAAUUAGGAUAUUCUGAGUUUAUAAUAUUGUCUGUUUUUCCAAGUAAACGUUUUAAUAUGUGGACAGUUACAUAGCAUUUACUAUGACCCGGUUAGGGCUCCACUGAUAAUGGUACUAAGUACAAGAAUAAAGUGUGUGAGUAGUUAAUGAUCAGCUUUUGGUAUUUAUAAUGAUGUAGGUUUUAACUCAUUGAAAUUUUUUUUUAAUGUGUAUAUGCCUAUGCACACACAAAAAAGAAUUUGACUAUUCAUGUUUCUCUCACUAACCUCAGUCUAGAGGGAUUAAACUGUUUUCUAGUCACACCUGUCUAUCUGUACCGUGUACAAAUGAAAGCAGUCAUUUUAAAUGUAUUUUGUUGAAAAGUUUGCCUGAAUGUUUUUUCAUUUUUUUUCUCACGAUACAGUUCUUUCAUGAAGUAGUAAUAAUAAGAAUAAAAAAAUCUACUCUUGUGAAAAUAACAUUACUUUCUUCAGUCUUUUUCAGCUGUAAAGAAGUACUUGAAAGAUUAAUGUUUAUUGUUUUGAACUGGUGGAUAAUGGAAUACCUUCAUACUUUAAAGUUGCAAUUAAGUGAUGCAAAAUCAUAGACGUGAAUAGAAAAACAUAGCUUCUCAUGAAGUUGUUCUCCCUAUAUUUGACAAUUCAUGUUAUCUUCUGCUGGAGUUUCCUAAAAUGAGUGGAGAGAAAGAAUAUGUUAGAGUAGCUGUGACUGUUUUUAGCUGAAGUGUGAUGCAUCAUCAAUUAUCUUCACCAAGAUAGGAGAAGACAUAUAGUAAGCAUCACUACAGGUCAUUAGCAUGCCUCAGAAUCUUGCAGUGUUCAAUUAUUGGAAACAUUAUGGUAGUUCAGAAUCUUCUUGGGGGGGAAAAACAGGGCUAACGUUUCUGGGCAGGCACCUGCUGCCCCGUGGAUCUGUGACACCAGCUCCAUUUAAUUCAUCAGAAUUUCACUGUGAGGUCAAGUCAAGGGAACAGCAAGGGUGGGGAGCAGGAGGUACAGUGGCAGGGGGUGGGGGUGGGGAACUGUCCAGGAAAAUCUGUGGGGAACAGCCGAAAAAUGUAAGCUCAGCUGUCUGUGUAAUGGCUUGAGAGUAGGUAAUAUGGAUGUACACUUUCCAGGGCUUCCCUCACUUUCUGUAAUUCCCAGUGCUGUCCGGAGUUUGCUGUAAACAUUGUGUGUAUGCAAAUGUCAUACAGCAACCUCCAGUGUAUUUUAUUAUGAUGAAUGUUUUAAGUGGUGUUUUAAUAAAAAGACAUUACUGGUU